AUGAUGAUGUUUGGCAAAUUGCAAGCAGCAUUCAUGGCUCGAAUACUUGCAACUCAUUCAGCCACCGCUCCUCCUGUAAUACUUCACCACCGAAUCGGCAGCGCAUUCUCUAAACGAGCUCGCCAAACGUUGGCCUUGAAGCAGAACGUGCAAUUCUAUCAAUGUAUCCAUGCUGGUGAUAUGCCCGGAACGAGGUUGGCACUGUCUGAGUUAGCGGGGGGUUAUAGGCGUGUACCUGUCUUGCAGGUUGGCAGUGACGUAUACUGCGGCAGUGAUACAAUAGCUUGGUACUUGGAAAGGCGACAUGCAUUCCCAUCGCUCUUUCCGUCGAGUGAAAGCUCGGGCCCGCCAUCAGAUAUAAAAAAUGCCAGUAUCGGAACCAUAUUGCACGAAUACGUAGAUCAAAUCCUAUGGCCUCAAUUAGUGCCGUUACGGCACUCUUAUAAACUGCCAGAGUCUCAGAAAGCAGAUCGAGAAAAACUGUAUAAAAUGACUGGAGAAGAAGCUCCAAAACAUCUAUCUGACGCUCGAGCCGCUUUCGCUAAGUACUGUCAUUUGCUGGCCUUCCAACUGGGCCCAAACAACUUUAUACACAACACAUCUGCACCACAUUGGUCUGACCUCGUAAUGAGUACUCCUGUACAUGCGGUAGUCAAUGGAUGGAAGGUAGUAGAGAAGGACUCAGAAGUAUCUAGUAUAUGGUCGCACUAUGGUCGGAUACUAAAGCCGUGGAUGGAGCGUAUUAAUAGGGCUUGCGAGACAACGCAUGAUAUAAUACAACUGACUCCGGCAGAUACAUUGGGUGUUGCUAUGAACUAUCAGAGUCUAGAGCAACCAGGUAUAAUGAAUUGUGGUGACGGUCUGCUAGUUGGAAAUGAAGUGGAAGUGUAUCCUGGAGGACGUGAUGAUAUAGGGAAGAAUCCAAAGGAGUUACCGGAACCUCCUGUACGUGGUCGUGUAUACUCUUCGUCGCCUCUGCAUAUUACUUUGGCAAGGAAGGUGUCGCUCAGAGAUGGAGAUGGAUUCAAGGAUGUGCAACUCACGGUUUCCUUUAUGAGGGGACGCCUCGCUACAAAGAAGCUAGGCGACACUACAACGAAUAAAUCGGCAACACCAUCAUCACCUCCUGAUACUUCUACCAAACAAAAGCCAUUCAUAUAUCCUGGCGACUUGAAACGGUAG